UUCAUUCAAAUUAAUAAUUAACAUUUUAUUUUAAUCUUUUUUUUAAAACCGCUUCUUGCUUUGCUUUCUAUUGUCAUUUGAUUUCAUGAUAUUAUAAGUGGCAAGGAAUGUAUGCCCAUCUUAAAAAAAUCUAUGUCUCUGAAUCAAUGAAUAAGAUGACUGGGGUUUAAGGCCCACAUGAAACUUUUACCUCAAAAAUUAGACUAACAAUCCAGAGCAUUCUUCUGGAGUGCUGCAGUGUGUGAAGUGUCGUCAUUUGGAGGAAAUGUUAACCCUAUCUUCCAUUUGGGUGGACAUAAAAUAAAUCAUGGCAAUAUCUUGAUGGGGAAUGCAUAUAUGCCACAAACUGCCCAUGAUUCUAACAACCCCAGUGCCCCAUCUCUACCUGCCUGAAUGCAUGCCAAGAAACUAAAAUUGGCUCUUAAAUAGUAAAGAUCAAGAAAGCUUAGAUCUGAACAAAAACAAACCUUCUAUGGCCGAAGACACAAUUCCAGCUCUGUAAACAAUAGCUUCUUUUUCUCUCAAUGUUACUUUGUUGGCGUGAGCAAGCUUUUCAUAUUCAUGAGCCUUUUCCAGUGCUCCCUGGAAAGAUAAACAAUUGCAAUUUGUUUUCCAGUUAAAGAUCUACUAAAUACAGCAGCAUUUCUGUUGAGCCCGUUGGUUUAAAAAGAACUAAUGGUCAUUCAACCCAAAUGGGAAACCUACACAGAUCUAUUAAAACCUUCAGAUAACUAUGCACUUUACAGUCGGGUCAUGGUAAUUGUCAAAGAUUAUGUAGAUUAGUGGAUCCUAACAGAACUGCAAUGGUUUUAUUGAUGCUCCUUUUGGAGACAUAGUUUUAGUUUAGUUUAGAGAUACAGCGUGAAAACAGACUCGUCAGCCUACAGAGUCUGCACUAGUUCCCACUUUCGCAUCCUACAUACUAGGGGCAAUUUACAGAAGACAAUUAACCUACAAACCUGCUCAUCUUACGGAAGUGGAAGGAAAAAUGGAGCACCCGGAGAACACCCACAUGGUCACUGGGAGAAUGUACAAAUUCCACACAGACAGCACCAGGGUCAGGAUAGAACCUGGGUCUCUGGUGCGGUAAAGCAGCAAUUCUGCCACAAUGCCACCUUGCAAUGUACCUGCCUCGACAGCUUCUUCUGGCAGCUCGUUCCAUAUACACACACAAACCUCUGCGUGAAGAAAUUCCCCUCCCUCGCUUUACCUAUGGAUACUGUCAGGAAGAACAUCCUUAUUCUGCGCUGGUUAGAACUACUGCUGAGUUUUGCCUGUUUAUUUCUCAUCACUCCGAACAUUUCAGCUGACUUCGAAUGGACAAUCAUCUGUCUUUUCUGUGGUGUACUGUGCACCACAAUGAACAGCAUUAUACUCUUCCUGGAGAGUGGUGCCAGUAAGGACCGGUGUCGUCAUCUGUCACAUUUCACUGAAGUGUGUAUUUUCAGUCUUGCUGUUGCAUUCACGACAGAGGCUCUCGUCCAAGUGAUCAGUGUUAUUGAGAUUAUAAUGCUGCUGCAACCUGGCCAGUAUUAUUUUGAACCUCCUCCAACUUGGCUAACUGACCUUCACUUUAAAUUAGCCUCAACAAUGUGCAUAUGUUUGGCUUCUUUACUCUACUGGAUCGAUCAUCACCACUCCAGAUACUGGAUUAGGCAACAAGCACUACCGAAUGUUACACCAAAAUCCAUACAUGGAGUGAAUCUAACAUUUUCUUUGAUUUUACUCUUCUUGUUGUGGCGCUCUGAAGAAAAGGGAAUUUUUUUGACCAUAUGCUUCUAUUUCAUAGCUCACAUUAUUUCUGUGUUCAAGGCUGUUACAUUUAUACUUCCUUUAGAAAUGUUCACAAUAAAGACCAGACCGGGAAUCAUUUGUGCCAACAUGUUGCUAUUAUUUAUAUAUGGCAAAACCUUAUUAUUGUGGCCUGAACAUGUUCUGAUCCAAUGUAGUAAUGAAGUAUUUGUAAAAGUUUGUUUUAAGAAAGAAAUGGAUAUAUUGUGCUUGUUUUCCUUUUUCCGUUUUUGUGCUGAAGGAGUUACCUUUACAAUACUUUCAGGUUUUAAUGCUUCAUUGUUCAUUUAUGAAACAAUAUACUUACUUAAAUUUCAUGAAAGCAAUAUGGAUAAUGUUAUCCUAGUUGGACCUGUGUAAUGCAGUCAUUUCAAUAUAUUUAUAUUUGAUGAGGCGAUUCAAACAAUUUGUUUGUUCUAUUUAUUCUACAAAAUUCAAAGUAUUAGAAAAAAAACGUGGAAGAUCAAAUUAAUUCAACAAGUUAUAUUAGAAAAAUCUGCAGAAUCAUGGGACUAAUAGACUUACACUGUGAUAUUACUAAUAUAUUUUUUCAUGUGUUCAUUAAGAACAGUUAAAGUUGAUGUCACUGAAAAGUACUACUGAAAAUGUUAUUAAAAAAGCAUAACUGAUUUCUAAUGCAAAGCAAAAUGAAAUUUGAAAAUAAAUUUGAAUCUUUUUUUCAAAA